GCUGAAAGUGUUAGCAAGGUUUGCUACUUUGACAGAAGAACACUACUAAUUGGAUACCCGAUGGUGGUGUUAUGGGCGACGCGUAGCAGAACUACCACCAGCUGUAACUUCUGUCACGAGCAAAAGAUCAGAUUGUGUAUUGUCCACGACAGGGCAUGGUAGACAAUUUCAAGGAAAGCCUGUGUAAGAUUUUGCUUCGAGUGGGUACAGCGGUGGCAUACUAGCUUGAGCCCAAGCUAUCUCGAGUUUGUGUUGUGAUGGCUACUCGCAAUGGAUUCUGUAAGAAAAGCUACAUUGUGGCUGUUGAUGUGGGGACAACGGGAAUUAAAUGUCACGUGUAUGACAAAGAGGCUAAUGUUAGAGGAUCAUCUUCCAGAAAGGUGUCUCCCUUAUAUCCCAAACCUGGUUGGGUCGAGAUGGAUCCAGAGGACCUGUGGCAGAGUUUCGUAGCAGUAGUGAAGGGUGCUGUUCAAGAUGCAGGCCUGCACAUGAGUCAGAUCCAAUCCCUCGGCAUCUCCACUCAGAGGGGGACCUUCACCACCUGGGACAAGAACACAGGAGUGCCCUUUCAUAACUUCAUCAGCUGGCAGGACCUGCGAGGAGCCGAGCUUACGACCGCGUGGAACGCCUCUUUCACCAUGAAGGUGGUCCAUGGUGUGUCCUCACUGCUGCACCUGGUCACACGGCAGAAGGCGUUCCAGGCGGCCAGCAUCAUGGUGUUCUCCCCCCAACACGUGACCUUCCGUCUGGCCUGGGUGCUGCUCAACUGCCCCGAGGUGCAGGAGGCUGUAAGAAAAGGAACCUGCUGUUUCGGGACCAUUGAUACCUGGCUGCUGUAUAGACUUACAAAGGGAUCAGCAUACCUCACCGACUACUCCAACGCCAGUGCAACCGGAGUGUUCGACACAUAUCAGAUGUGCUGGAGUGGACUCCUGUGCUCCCUGGUCUCCCUUCCUCUGAGCAUCUUCCCUGCAGUAGAGAACACAGGCUAUUUCUUUGGCUGUACAGACGAGAGCAUCUUUGGCGUGCCUGUUCCCAUCAUGUCACUGAUGGCAGACCAGCAGGCGGCCAUGUUUGGAGAAUGCUGCUUCAACAAGGGAGAUGUGAAGAUCACCAUGGGAACAGGGACAUUCAUGGACAUCAACACAGGAAACGAGCCCCACACCUCAUUCACAGGCCUGUACCCCAUCGUUGGCUGGAAGAUCGGGUCCGAGGUGACGUACCUGGCAGAGGGCAACGCUGCGGACACGGGCACUGCCAUCAAGUGGGCACAAGAACUGGAGCUCUUCUCUGAGGUGACGGAGACGGCAGACAUGGUGACCGCUCUGGACAACUCUGACGGCGUGUGCUUUGUGCCUUCCUUCAGUGGCCUACAGGCACCUCUGAACGACCCGAGGGCAUGCGCUGCAUUCAUGGGCCUGAAACCCUCCACCACCAAGUCCCACCUGCUGAGGGCCAUCCUGGAGUCCGUGGCCUACAGGAACAAACAGCUUUAUGACAUUAUGAUGCGUGAAACCAGGAUACCCAUAACAAAUAUCAGGGCAGAUGGAGGUGUCUGCUCCAACAACUUCAUCAUGCAGUUGACGGCUGACCUGCUGGGCAGGAAGAUCGAUCGGCCCAAUCACUUUGACAUGUCCAGCCUCGGGGCUGCGUUUGUGGCCGGCCUUGGCUCAGGUUUGUGGAAGAGCCAGGAGGAGCUGAAGCAGCUGAGGACCACGGAGCGUGUCUUCGUGCCCAGCAGCCCGUCGCGCCACCACGCCACCAACCUGCGCAGCUGGGAGAGGGCACUGCGCCGCUCCAUGCACUGGUACAGCCAGGCCUGAGGGGGGCGCUGUCCUCCUGAGCCAACCCACAGUCACAGUCCUCACUGCCUGACCACAGCCUGCCUGAGGUGGACGACGGCAUCUCGGUUCAGUUUGCGUAGCAGCAUACUCUAUCAAGAUGAAGUGGUGUCCUUUAUUGUCACACACACAACACACAAGUGUGUGUGUGUGUGAACUCUUUCCUGCCUUGCAGAAAGUCUUGCACACUCUCUAACUGGAACUCAGGAUGUACAUAGUUUUAGUACUUUUUAACUGUUAAACAGUGUCACAGAGAAUAGAAGAUCCUUAAUUAUGUGUGUUCACACUGGAGCUCCUCAACAGUAUUAUUUGACCAAGAGAAAUCAGUUUUGUGGUCCACUUGCUACUGCGACUGUUAGUAGUAAUAGACUUGAAGGGAACAAUCAAGUGGAAUGGUUGGAGCUUGAAAGCCCUUCACUUUGAGGGCCCUUCAAUGGCCUCAUCUGCUAACAAGAUUACCUCAUGUCAAAGUCCCUCAGUAACAGAUACAGUGCCUUCGUUAGAUAUGUGUGUGUGUGUGUGUGUGUGUGUGUGUGUGUGUGUGACCCAGUGUCCGUUCAUCCAUCAGGCCAAGUGAACUUUCCCCCACCUCCCUGAGUGGAAGCUCCAAUCCCCCCCGCCGGACGCCUCACUGAGGGGGCUGGUGUGUGUAUGUGUGUGUGUGUGUGUGUUCAGUGAGCUGCAUAGA